UCUUAUGCAGUCGAUCGUAAUAGUUAUCAGUGCAUAUUCGAGUAGUUGACUUGGUGGAAAUUAACGUAAUUUCUUUUGAGAUUCAGAAAGGAUUCGGAAGGAAUAAGUGAUCACCUUAUUAGUUCCUAUCUGAUUUGUGAUAGAUACUUCGAACAUCCGCUAACUUUCUUUUUCAACUGUGGCUUGAAUUUCCAAACAUGCAUCCACUAGCUCGGCCGGAACCACUUCUCGUACUCUCCAUACUUUGCGCUGUUUUCAUCAAAGCUACUGGCUAUACGCCCAUCGAAAAUAGAUUCAGCUCCAUCUUCCCUGUGAAAUCAUCCCCCAACCAGGACGUAUUCCAAUCAAUCUAUGAGUGGCGAUUUUUAGAUUUUGCCUACCCAAAUUAUGAAAGUCGGUUAGCUGCCAUACAGAACGGGAAAUUCAUAUCUGAAAAUAACCUACCGCUUGGCAUCGAUGUCCUUGGAAAUCGGAUAUUCAUUACAACUCCGCGUUGGAAAGGUGGAGUACCGGCUAGCCUGUCAUGGCUUCCUCUUCCGCCGAAGGAGCGCAGUCCACCGUUACAACCCUAUCCAGAUUGGUCGGCACAUGGUGACCCGGACAGUCCAGACUGUUCCAAAUUGAUGUCUGUCUAUAGAACAUUCAUUGACGAAUGUCAGCGUUUAUGGUUGAUAGAUGCAGGUGUUGUGAACGCUACGAUCCGUAUUAACCAGGUUUGUCCUCCAAAGAUCGUUGUCUUUGACCUGACCACUGAUAGUUUAAUCCUUUCGUAUGAACUGCCUCCAGAUCAGGUGAAGCAAGAUUCCCUACAUUCAAACAUUAUUGUUGAUAUACGCAGAGGACAGUGUAACGAUGCGUAUGCCUAUGUAACCGACGUUUGGCGCUAUGGGGUGGUAGUUUACAGCUUGGCCAAAAAUCGGAGUUGGCGAACCACUCAUCAUCUCUUCAAUCCUAAUCCUUUUGCGGCAGAUUUUAACACGCACGGACUCAAUUUCCAAUGGUUAGACGGUGUAUUCGGACUAAGCCUGCUCCCACCAAAUGAGUACAAUGACCGCAUCCUGUUUUACCACCCAAUGGCAAGCUUCAAUGAAUUCAUGGUCAGCACAGCAAUCCUACGCGACGAAAAUCUAUGGACUAGUGGUGCGGAUACCUCUACAGUUGUCAAGGCCUUCACAGUGAUUGGUGAUCGUGGAAAAGAUGGACACUCCUCAACAGUCGGAAUCGACCGUCAAAAUGUCAUGUUUUACACGUUAGUCUCGCAGGAUGCUGUGGGUUGUUGGGACACCAGUAAACCUUAUGCACGAAAAAACUUAGCUAAGAUAAUCCAGAAUGCCACUACCCUGUAUUUCCCAAACGAUCUUAAGGUUGAUCGGGGGGUUGAACAGAGUGUUUGGGUCAUAAGCAAUAGAUUGCCAACCUAUUUGUAUGCCGAGUUGAAUUAUGAUGAUGUCAAUUUUAGAAUUCAGCGGGCAAAUGUCCACGAAGCAAUCCAAGGAACUGUUUGUGAUCCAAACGUACUGGGAACCAAUGAGGUUGAUACGGGGAUUGAGGGAUGCUACUGAGUGACUAAGUGGAAAUUGUCUUGUUUUUUUUACAUUAUAAUU